AUGAACUUAGCCGUAAGCUCGUUCUUUGUCUUUUUUUCUUACUUACUUGCUUUCUAUCUAUCUAUCUAUCUAUCUAUCUAUCUAUCUAUCUAUCUAUCUAUGACUUUUAUUUAUUUUUCUUUCUUUCUUAUUUCUUUUCGUUGUCCUUAUUUUCAAUUCAUUCAUCAUAACACAUUCUUUCUUUCUUUCUUUCUUUCUUUCUUUCUUUCUUUCUUAUCAGCUUUCAAUUAUGUUUCUUAUUUCUUUUCGUUGUCUUUAUUUUCAAUUCAUUUGAUUGCGGUAUAUAACCAUUUCCUUCCUUCCUUCCUUCUUUCGAUCCUUCCUUCCUUCCUUCCUUCCUUCCUUCCUUCCUUCCUUCCUUCCUUCCUUAUUUUGAUAUCAUCCAAUCCUUUCUUUCCUCUUUUCUUUCUUGCGAAUUUCUUUUUUAAAAAAUUUGUCUUUCAAUUUCUUUCUUUCUUUCUUUCUUUCUUUCUUUCUUUCUUUUCUAAGUUGUUUUCAAUUUUCUUUCUUUCUUUUUCUUUUCUAAUUGCUUUCAAUUUACUUUCUUUCUUUUUCUUUCUUUCUGUCUUUUCUAAGUUGUUUUCAAUUUCCUUCUCUUCUCUUCUUUCUUUCUUUCUAAUUAGCUUUUAUUUAUUUUUCUUUCUUUCUUAUUUCUUUUCGUUGUCCUUAUUUUCAAUUCAUUUAUCAUACCACAUUCUUUCUUUCUUUAUUUAUUUCUUUCAUUUUUUCUUUCUUAUCAGCUUUCAAUUAUUUUUCUUAUUCGUUUUCGUUGCUCUUAUUUUCAAUUUAUUUGUCUUAGAAAACUUUAGAUCUUUCUUUCUUUCUUUCUUUCUUUCUUUCUUUCUUUCUUUCUUUCUUUCUUUCUUACCUACCUCUCUACCUGCGUACCUACCUACCUACAGCUGA